AUGAAGCUCGGAGAGCCUUGUCGUACUAGUUUGAAUGACGCUGUCGUACGGCCGCCUCUCCUUCAACAGAAAAGAACACACGCUUUGCAAAAACUGGUGCCGCAGUCUACUUUGUACGGCAGUGGACUACUAGCAGCGAGAGGAAAAACAAGCCACGACACGUUGAUGAAUCAUCUGCGAAAUGGAGGGAAAGAAAAAUUUGCAGGAAACGAAAAAAACGCCUCUGCAGCUUCUAUCUUCGUGCGAUCGACGCAAGAUCGUUUUAUGAUACAGCGAUAUGCUGGUGCUGCAACUGCACUCUACCUAUCUAAUGCACAAUUCAUUGUACGGCCCAAGAGGAGCCAACAGGCUCGUCCUUUUGCCACGGCUUUGUUGAAAUUUCAACUCUGUUUUACUCUUGCUUUUCUACCAAUUGCCUGCUUCUCGCUUUCUCAAUUUUUUUCUCGCAAAAUUAUUUCGCUACACAAAAUUCCAUCUUUAGUGUAUUUUCCAUUUUCAUCAACGCAACUUUUCAAUUCAAAUAACCCAAUCGACGUUUUAACUCAGUCGCAUCGUCAAAGACGCUCAUUGGUGCGUUAGAUGGAUGGUGGUUAGCUUUGAUAUUUGUUCUGGCAAAAGCGUAUAUUUUACAUCUAGAAUGCAGCUACGGCUGAUAUGUAGACAAAGUAGGAAGCAGCUGCAUUCUGUUCAGUCUUCACAAUUUGAUUACAAAAAACAACCGUACUUUAGAUUUGGCAAUAGUGGUGCAGCGCUAGUAUCUUCUAGUGAGAGCUACCGCUCAUCUUACACAAGUGGAAAAUGAUCACUCUCCUCGACGGUAUCGAAGUAGCAACUUUCCACUUGACACUUCGCUAUAUAGUUUACUUUUGGAAGAAAUAGAUCGAAGUGGAAGAUCUGCGGGCUGUGCCUCAUCUCAAGAGAUCUUGUUUCACGCCGUCCGUGGUGCCUUUUUGCCACCCUUUCGAACAACAAGUGCGCGAGGA